CUCGGUUCAAGAUUCCACACCAAGUGUCGGAAAUGAAAUAUUCCAUACACAUAAAAUUAUCAUCUCAUAGGUUCCUCGUUCUGCUGUCCUUCUCAUUUCUCAUCAUUGACAAUUUCGGUGCCGAUCGCCAACCGAAUAUUAAGGCUUCGUCCGCUUCUUUGCCGGCCACCCAACAUAGUAAGUCUGUAACAAAGAGUGAUGAGCGAGCCUGUUUUGGAAGUGGAAUAUUGUUGCCGCCCUCUCUGGGAAUAAGGCUACAAAUAUGAUUUUCAUUCACACAUGAAUUCUGAAAGCAGCAAAGCCUCGAAAAGAUUAUGUGUUACCUGUGGUAGCUGGUUCUCGUAAUCUCAAAUGAGAAUUUGGAAGCUUCCUACCAUUCCCUUGUUACUUGACGGCUUCAUAGCCGUGUUCCUGCUCCUGAACUCCACACUGCAAGCAAAUGGUUCAGGCAACAACAAUGAGACAGAUCGACUUGCUCUGCUGGAGUUCAAAAGUAGGAUCAGCAGUGAUCCAGAUGGAGCUCUGAAAUCUUGGACCGAUUCCGACCAUUUCUGCAAUUGGUUUGGUGUUGCGUGUGAUCUGCUUCCUAGCCAGCGAGUCACGUCGCUUGAUCUCCAUGGCCAAAAUCUGGUGGGUACCCUGUCUCCGCACGUCGCCAACCUUACUUCUCUUAGAUACAUCAACCUCACGGAGAACAGUUUUCGUGGUGAGAUUCCACAACCACUUGGAAACUUGCUUCAACUCCAGUGCCUCGACCUCAGAUUCAACUCAUUUGAAGGCGAGAUUCCAACCAACCUGACUCGUUGCAGCCAGCUGAAGUACUUGUUGUUGGAAGCGAAUAACUUAUGGGGGAGCAUCCCGGUAGAGAUUGGUUCGUUAUCAAAGCUUGAGUUCCUCAGAGUUGGAAACAACAACCUAACAGGAUGGCUCCCGCCUUCCUUGGGGAACCUCUCGUUGCUCGUCAACUUUGGUGCUACAUAUAACAACUUGACUGGAACCAUUCCAGAAAGCUUCGGCCUGCUAUCAAGGUUAGCUUCAAUUAAUCUUGGAUGCAAUCAGCUCUUUGGUUCAGUCCCCCUGUCCUUGUUUAAUAUUUCAUCCAUCAAAAGCUUUGCAAUUGCGUGGAACCAUUUGCGUGGUCGCUUGCCGGAGAGCAUGGACCACACCAUGCCCAAUCUGAAACAAUUCGCUAUUUCCAGAAAUGAAUUCUUCGCAACCAUCCCUGACUCAAUCUGCAAUGUCUCUCAGCUAAAACUGGUGAAUAUGAACCGAAACGACUUUGUAGGGAAGGUUCCUACUUGUCUCGGGAAGCUUACUGGUCUUACUACGCUAGACAUGGCUAAAAAUAAUCUUGGAAGCAAUUCAACGGGUGACUUUGCAUUUCUAGAGUCAUUGAGCAAUUGCAGUCAACUGAAGCGAGUGGGUAUUAGCAGUAAUAAUUUUGGCGGCCCAUUACCAGAAUUUCUGGGGAAUCUGUCAACCAUGCUCACCGCACUGUAUAUUGGGGACAAUCAAGUCACUGGAGUUAUCCCUGCAGGGUUGGUGAAUCUCUUCAACCUGGCGGAUCUGGAGCUUUCCUAUAACUACUUGACAAGCAUCAUCCCUAAUAUUGGCCAGAUUUCUAAUCUGCAGAGACUGUUAUUGAAUGGUAAUCAACUCUCAGGUCAGAUUCCAUCCUCUAUAGGUAAUCUCAGUCGGUUGUCUGAACUGCAUAUAUCACAGAACAAACUGCAAGGCAACAUUCCACCAAGUAUUGGGAAUUGUCUUCAAUUGAGCACCUUGGAUAUUUCAGAAAAUAGAAUCAUGGGAGCUAUACCUCCAGAGUUAAUGAGACUUUCUUCAUUGUCCAUAUUGUUGAACCUGUCAAACAACUUGCUCACAGGCAACCUGCCUGCAGAAAUUGGGAAGUUGAAAAAUGUGAAUAAGUUAGAUAUCUCUAAUAAUCAGUUGAAAGGGGAAAUUCCUAGCACCAUAGGCAGUUGCUCAAGUCUGGAAUACCUUUAUAUGCAGGGGAAUUGUUUCGACGCGGUUAUUCCUCCAGCUUUGUCGUCUCUGAAAGGGCUUCAGGAAUUGGAUCUUUCACGAAACAACUUAGAGGGAGAAAUCCCAGAAGGUCUCCUACAAAUCCGCCUACAGUCUUUGAAUCUUUCUUUCAACAAUCUGAGAGGUGAAGUGCCAUCUAAGGGGGUUAUUGCCCAUGCAUGCAUUGUGUCAUUGUCCGGCAAUCCCAUGCUUUGUGGUGGUACUCCAGAGUUCCAUUUGCCUAAAUGCCCAAAUAAAACCACCAAGAAUAGAAGGCCUCCAAAGUUGAAGUUAACAGUCAUCACUGUUAGUACAUCUCUAUCUGCACUUGUACUGGUAAUGAUAGGCCUUCUACUAAGUGGCAAGACAAGAAGAUCAAAUAAGCAUAUCCUUCGAGGAGAAGAUCCACUGAUGGACGACUUUGUGAAGCUUUCCUACGCAGCCAUUCAUGAGGCAACCAAUGGAUACAGUCUUGAAACUUUAAUCGGGUCUGGUGGUAUCAGCACAGUCUACAAAGGAAACCUGGAGCAAAUGAGAGCACCAGUAGCCAUCAAAGUAUUCAACCUGCAACAAAAUAAAGCAUAUAAGAGAUUAGUGGUGGAAUGCAAGAUAAUGCGAAAUAUCCGGCAUCGAAAUCUCGUGAAGAUUCUAUCUUACUGUUCUAGCACAGACAACCGAGGCAACGCAUUCGGAGCUCUAGUUUAUGAAUUUGUGGACAAUGGGAGCCUCGACAAAUGGCUGCAUUGCAGUAAUGAUGGCACCAAGACGACAUAUCACCAUCUCAGUCUUCUCCAAAGACUCAACAUUGCAAGAGAUGUGGCAUCCGCAUUGUACUAUCUUCACGAUCUUAGCGGAAUGUCAAUCGUUCAUUGCAGUUUAAAGCCUAGCAACGUGCUCCUAGACCAUGACAUGGUAGCUCAUGUGAGUGAUUUGGGUCUAGGGAGAAUCCUCUCAUCACCAUGUCAAACAAACACAGCAAGCAUAAUUGGACUAAGCGGGAUGGUAGGCUAUGCGGCACCAGAAUAUGGGACGGGCUCCACGGCAUCGAAGGAAGGGGACGUGUACAGCUACGGAAUCCUUCUGCUGGAAAUCCUAUCUGGGAAAAGACCAACGGACGAAAUGUUCAAGGAUGGUGUGAAUAUACGCGACUCUUGCAAGGCCGCAUUGCCAUCCAAACUUUCAAUGCUAAUAGAUUCAUCAAUGCUGGUAUCUGGAAAAACUUGCGGAAUUGACAAGAAGGUGGAAGAGUGUUUGAUUUCCUUGCUUGAACUGGGAGUAAAGUGCUCAGCUGAAGCGCCGAAAGAACGGAUGAAAAUGGCGGAAGUUACCAGAAAGCUCCACACUAUCAGAAGUACCUUUCUAGCAACUCUGUCUGCCCAGAAAAAGGCGGGUGGACGGCCGGCCACCAAGGCAUGCUAACCACCGCAGGGAAUUGUUCAGAACUCGAAGGCGGACGGCGAUACUACUCUGAAGUCUGAACUGCUCCUGUUAAUGUUUGGAUAGGCAAGGUGUACAUUGAUGUUAUGCGUUUCUUUUAUUCUUUUUCUUUUCAAUACAAAGAGAAAACAAUCAAAGGAAGAAAGAAAAAAGAAAAAAAAAACCUUUACCGUUAAUCACGUAUGUAAUAUCCCGAAUCUUUUCCCGACGAAAAUAUUGUCCGCUUUGGGCCUCGACCCUCACGGUUUUUGACUUGUAGUGCAAUUCAAGGCGACUUCCCAUAAGGUCACCCAUCCUUGUUGUACUCCACACUGAGCACUUUUAACUUCGGUUCUCACAAGAACUUCUCCAUUUCACCCAAAACGUGUCUUGUCAGUUAAGGUCGGUUUCCUACUUAUGAACCAUGGAUCUCUCCCGUACUUUUUCGAUAAUAAGGUGGAAUAAUGAAAAAAUUAAAUAUUAUUAUUUUUUAAUUGCUACAUCAUUUAUUUAAAGGUCAACUCUUUAGAGUUGACUGCCAUGUCACAUAAAGUUAACAGACAGUGACUAAAUUUGAACCAUUGAACUAAUUUGAGUGACUGUGAAUGGAAUUAAAUUAAUUUUAGAGG